AUGGAGGCGGAAUACCGUGCCAAGAGCGCGGGGUCGGUCGGCGUCCACCGCUGCCAGCGUCGGGUAAGGUUCAGGCAGGAGAUAAGAAGGAUGCCUUUGUGAGGGGCGAGGGCCCGAAGGGAACCACAAGAAACACGGCAGCCGACCGGACGUGUCUUCGGCCACAACAAAGAUGGCGACCGACCGGAAGUGGCUGCGGCCACAACAAAGAUGGCCGCAAGAAAGGGCGGGAAAUGAAGGACCAAGGUCCGUGUUUGGGCUGCCUGCCCGCGCCCCGAGCCGUUCUCCGCGGCAUUGCCAGGCGUGCGGACACGGGCCGUGCGCCCAGCGGCACCGCGGGCACGCCGGAGCCCGGCGGGCGCCGGCAGGCAGCUGCGGCACGCCUCUCUCUGCCGGGCUCCGCCUCAGGAACGACCCUUCCCGUCUCCAGUCUGUGUUCCCUCCCGGCUCCCCUCCCGCCCGGGGAAACGGAGGAAAACACAAAUAACAUCGAGGAAGAAAGAACAGCCUGCAGAGCUGCCCGAGCCAUCGCCCUGCCCGCAGCCGGGAGCAGCCAGCAGGAGGAGGCAGCUGCUUUCUCAGCCAGAAAGAGAUUCAGCUGUGGGGAAGCUGCAGAGAAGGCUGCCUGGCACAGCCCCCCAGAAUGGGCCUCCCCCGACUGGGCUCCCGCAGAGGAUGGGGCAGUUGCAGCCCCCUGUCAUUCCUGUGAGAUUUGGUAAGUCUGGGGAGGGGUUUCCUGACUGUCCCUGUCUCCAAGCGAGCCGUGCCUCGUUGUCCAGAAGCCCUGCCUGGGCAGCCCGGCCCGGCACAGCUCCAUUCCCUCUCCCGGGCUCACCGGAGGGAUGCAGAGCCACCAAAGUGCGGGUCAGGCUGGAAAGGGGACGGUGGGGCCUGCGGCCACAGCAGGGGGAAGGACAGGAGGCAAAGCCUCUCGACCAGCCCUGGGCCCAGCCUGCCCAGGAGAAGCUUCCGAGAGGCGCCGGGGCUCUCGUUUGCCCGGAAAGCUGCAGCCGUUGGGGCAGGUCUCGGGCUGUGACCCAGCCCCUGCAGCACUGCAGAGAAAAGGGGCACGUGAUGGCCCACGGGGUCGGCUGCAGUCCUUAAGAGCAGUGCCUGCUUUCACCACUGCCUUUUGCUGCCUGCAGAGAUCUGUGCUGAGGGUUGGCAGCUCCUGCUGGGGCAAGAGCUGCAUCUUCCAAGAGGCAAAGCUGCAGCAUCUUCCUCCCCAGGGACUGUCUCCAUGCAGGAAGCAGCACAGGGGACUGGCCGAAGGGCUCGGGCUGGGACACGGCCCCAACAGGAGCAGCCCUGGCACACUGACACGGGAGGAUGAGCCCAGAGGAGAUGCUGCUGCACCACGUCCCCAGGAGAGCCCCUGCCUCCUUCUGCUCUCAGGGAUGGGACUGGGAGACGCCUCCACGCCGAGAGUGGCACUUGGCAUGGCUUCAGUCCCCAGUGGAAGAGGCUGGGCUCCCCGCUGCCCAGAGCUCCUGGUUAGGGACACCCACGCCUGCGCCUGGCUCAGAGUCCAGGGUGCACUCAGUCCGGAUCCAGCCUCGAGACGUUCCUGCUGCAGCUGCAGGUGUUUCCCAGUCCAGCUUGCUGAACCUCCAGCUCUGACUGUUCUUCCUUCCAGCUCUGGCUCUGAGAUGCUGCACUUGAUGGCUGCUCCAGUUCCUUCCAGCUCUGGGUUGGUUUUUUCAAGCGCCACUACAAGGAGAUGCUGGAGGGCACCAAGACCCCCGGGGUGCCCCAGGACUGAGUGAGAGGAGCCCAAAAAUUUUGGGCACCCCAUCCCCCCAAAAUAUUAAAUUCACAUGGAAGCUUCCCCUGUAUUUGUGUGGAGUUUUUUGAAAUUAUUUUGGAAUUUUUUAGGGGGGGUUUUGGGAAACUGGGGAGGAGGAAACACUAAAAAAUAAAAAAAUAAAUUUAAAAAGGAUU